AAAUAAAUGUUUCUAAAGAUAUUGUAAAUUUUGAAAAUGUCUGAAAAUUUGAAUAAAAAACCGCCAAAAGGAAUUUUAAAACAGAGCUCGUCCUUUGACACGCAGAAUUCAAGUAGUUCUUCAGCGGCGGGGAAUUCAAAAUUUUAUUCUCCGCGAUGUUCUGUGACGAGUUUGGGGGUGGUGGGUGGUGGGGCGGGAGUGGGUGUGGUUGAGGAGGGUGGUGGUGCAGCAGGAGAAGACGAAGGAGAUAUGAGCCCCGGGUCAAGGAGGAAGAAAUCCACAAAAUUCGACGAGAUGAACAUCUUAGCAACGCUCCACCCUGCGGAUAAAGACUACGGAUUUAUGAAAAUAGAGGAGCCAAAAACCCCGUUUAAUUACUAUGACAACGACGAGGAGAUUUCUGGUGGAACUAGGAAAUUACUCGAUCCAGAGUUAUUAGCGGAAAAAAUGUUGGAGGUGGAGCAGCAGGGGGGUGGUGCUGGGAGGGAGGAGUUAGCGGCCGAAGGGGGUGUGGUCGAUGAGGAGGAAGGAGAGGAGGGGGAGCCGAAAAGCCACCCCAUCUUUGAAUCCAAGCGGAAAGCGCACUAUAACGAGUAUUUCGCGGUGAAACUCGCGCGCCAGUUGAUGGAGCGCGACGAGGAGGAGGAGGAAGAUGAAGAAGUGGGCGCGGCUGAAAAAUUCAUUCCCAAAGAGGAAACUACUGUUGAUGAGGAGGAAGGAUCUCAAUAAGUUAUUUUUUUGCAAAAAAGUGGGGGUUAAGUGGGUGUGCCCCCCUGAAAACAAGUCUUUUUUGUGUGAUUUUUUUUGUAUAUAAAAAUAGUGUGCUAAUAAUAAAUGAUUUCCAUGGUGAUAUAGA